AUGGCCAACUCCGAGGUUCAGAUUCCUACCAAUAGUUGCUGCACAGCCUGCUGCAAAGCCAAUGAUCUUGGUACCCACGACUACUGCGAAGUGUGGAACCGACAGAAGAACAAAACGGAUGAGAUGCUCAAGCGAAGCAUCCGACGAUUUCAGGCGCUCAUCGAUCGUUGCGACCAGUUUUCGGCUGAUCGACACAGCAUGUGUUCCUUAUGCUCAUUCGAGAGGGUAUGGUGGGAGGAGUCUGGUUCCGAAGUUACCUUGGAAGCUGGAUAG